AUGGUCGAUAAACUGAAUGCCUUCCGAUUGACCGGUUCUUUCGUAGUCUUCUUUCGAACGGAACCAAUGCCAUUCAAUAUUUUCACGACAUCCCGCAAAAUGGCAUCGCGUCGGAUAAACCUGCGACUGAUACUCGUCAGCGGCAAGACGAAAGAGUUUCUCUUCAGCCCAUCCGAUUCGGCCGGGGACAUAGCACUGACAGUGUUCGAGAGUUGGCCCGAUGACUGGGAAUCAGAGGCGGUGGCGAAAGCGGAGAUCCUAAGACUUAUCUACCAGGGCAGGUUUUUGCACUGCAAUGUGACGCUAGGCGCCCUAGGGUUACCGUUAGGCAAAACGACCGUAAUGCAUUUGGUACCACGUGAUAAUCUACCCGAGCCAAACUCACAAGACCAGCGGCAGAAGAGUAAAGGCGGCUCCAGUAGAUGUUGUUCCACUAGUUGUUGUAUAUUGUAA